CACGUGACGGCGUGCUCCCAUUUGCUAGCCAAGCACGCCGACGUGUUAGAAUGACUUCAUAAAGCGUUUUAUUGGCGCAGUUGAAGCAAUUAUAUCGAAUAGCCCACCUGAGGGGGGAAAUGUCAAUUGGCGCCGUUUGUUAAAGAUAAGCGGCUGUCGCCUGACUAAUUUGACGUUAUUCUGUUGUCUGCAUUGAGUGUUUGUGGCUCAAACAUGGCCCAGUCUGCAGCUGUCAUCAGCGGGCUCCAAAGGAUGGUUCUGUACGAGACGAGAGCCAGGUAUUUUUUGGUGGGGAGCAAUCAGGCUCAGACCAAACACAGAGUGCUGAAGAUUGACCGCACGGAACCCAAGGACCUGGUCAUCAUUGACGAUAAGCAUGUGUACAACCAGCAUGAGCUGCGCGAGUUGCUAGGUCGCCUGGACUUGGGAAACCGCACAAAGAUGGUCCAAAAAGGUUCGUCAGGGCUGUCUCGGGCGGUGACGGCCGUUGGCGUCGUGGGCUUUGUACGCUUCCUCGAAGGCUACUACAUGGUGUUGAUCACCAAACGCAGAAAAAUGGCCGACAUUGGGGGCCACUCCAUUUACAAAAUCGAAGACACUAGCAUGAUCUCCAUCCCCAACGACUCUGUCCGGGUGGCGCACCCCGACGAAGCCAGAUAUGUACGAAUCUUUCAAAACAUGGACCUAUCCAGUAACUUUUACUUCAGCUACAGCUACGACCUGAGCCACUCGCUGCAGCACAACCUGACGCUCCUGCAGAGGCCUUACGAGCUCUGGUCGUCGGCAGAAUCCGCCGCCGAGGACGAAGCAAACAUGCGGCGCAAACAGGACAGCUUCGACAUAUUCGAAGACGAGGGGUUGCCCACGCAACUGCUUUACGGCGUGCGCGCCGAGCCGUACUACAAGUACGUGUGGAACGGGAACUUGUUGGAGCGCGUCAAGGACAUCGUGCACCCGGACUGGCUCAUGUAUAUAAUCCACGGCUUUUGUGGCCAGUCCAAGCUGUUAAUCUACGGCCGCCCGGUGCACAUCACCCUCAUCGCCAGGCGCUCCAGCAAAUUUGCCGGAACCCGCUUCCUGAAAAGAGGAGCCAACUGCGAGGGGGACGUGGCGAAUGAAGUGGAGACGGAGCAGAUCGCCCACGACGCCUCCGUGAUGUCGUUCACGGUGGGAAGUUACUCCUCGUACGUGCAAACGCGAGGCUCGGUCCCGCUUUACUGGUCCCAGGACAUUUCCACCAUGAUGCCCAAGCCCCCAAUACGAUUGGACCAAGCGGACCCGUACGCACACGUCGCCGGCCUUCACUUCGACCAGAUGCUACAGCGAUUCGGGUCGCCCAUUAUCAUCCUCAACUUGGUCAAGAAACGAGAAAAAAGGAAACACGAGAAGAUUUUGAGUGAGGAGCUCUAUCCUGCCGUGAUUAACCUCAACCAGUUUCUGCCAUCGCAGCACGGCAUCGAGUACAUCGCGUGGGACAUGGCCCGCUACACCAAGAGAAUAUGUGUCCCUCUGCUCUCCAGUAAGCUGUGCAACGUUCUGGACCGUCUGAGUAUGAUUGCGGAGAAUGUGGUGAAGCGCACCGGCUUUUUCGUGAACCGGUCAGACUUCUACUGUCACACACUCCACCCGGACGAAAGAUGGGGAGACUUGGGUGGAAGCAUUUCAGUCAGUGGACGAGUGCAGACCGGCGUGCUCCGGACCAACUGUGUGGACUGUCUGGACCGAACCAACACCGCCCAAUUCAUGGUGGGCAAGUGUGCCCUGGCCUAUCAACUCUACGCACUGGGAAUGAUCGACAAGCCCAAACUCCAGUUUGACACUGACUGUGUGAGGUUGUUUGAGGAGCUGUACGAGGAUCACGGCGACACGCUUUCGCUGCAGUACGGCGGCUCGCAGCUGGUGCACCGGGUCAAGACCUACCGGAAGAUUGCGCCGUGGACUCAGCACUCCAAAGACAUCAUGCAGACGCUGUCGCGCUACUACAGCAACGCUUUCUCAGACGCGGAUAGACAGGAUGCCAUCAACUUGUUUCUGCAAGUCUACCAGCCGGCCGAGUCCAGGCCGCACCUGUGGGACUUGCCGACUGACUUCUACCUGCAUCAGAAGACCACAAUGGCCCUCCCCAUGGACAGACGCUGCUACACACUGUGGUGGUCAGAAGGAGUCCUGUCCUACCUCCCGAUCGCCUUUGAUGAAGUCCCGUGUGACGAAACGAUGAAGAAGUUGUCGGUCAAGCGAGUGAACCGCUUCGACGAGAGCAUCGACAUCUAUGCGGAGUUCUUCAGACCCUACGAGCUCACCUCGUUCGACGACACCUUCUGCAAAGCCAUGACCAACUCUGCCAGGGAGUUCAUGCCCAAAACGGUGGGAGUGGAUCCCAGCCCGUUCACGGUCCGCAAACCGGAGGAGACGGCGAAAUCGGUCCUGGGCAACAAGAGCAGCAAGGAGGAGACGCUGGUCCAGAGGAAGACGGCGGCCAGCGCGCCCCCUCCGCCCAGCGAGGAGGCCAUUUCCAGCUCAUCGGAGGACGACUCCGAGGAGGACCGCGACGACGACGCCUCCGUCUCGCAGCGCUCCACCCCGGUCAAACUGUGGGCAGAUUCCGCAGACAGCGGUCGUCCGCAAGAGGUUUGCGCACUUGGGCGAGAGCCAGCAGCGUCGAGCGGCGAGGAGGGAGCACCUCCACCUGGCGAACAUCAUCUGCUUAGAGCCGGUGUCAUGCUUCCCCGGGGACAGCGUUUACGUCACGUCGCCGCCGCAGGUGAACCGCCACAGCCGCGACGUCUUCGAGAGCCACGUGAUGGCGGCCCACGGUCAAGUGAGGCCCUUGUGCCGCGAGGACAUGUUGAUGUACAGGGAGUACGUCAAGAACAGAUACAUGUGAAGCGCGCCGAGGACAGCCACAUAUUUAUUUUUUACUUUUUAUCCAAAAAGACUUUUUCAUAUGGAUGUUUGUUUAUUCAUGUGGAUUAUGUUGUUGUUUUAGGAUUUUCUUUUUUUUUUUUUUUUUUUUUUUAAGAAUGUUUCUCAUUGUUUUUUAAGCCCACGGCCUUUAAUGUGCUUUUAUUUUUAAUAAAUGGAAGAAAAAAAAAAUACAAAUGAUAACUUUUGAUUAAAGCGCCAACAUUCAUUAAAAUGAAUGGAAAUGCCAUCAAUCCGUUCCAGCCUCCCCACCAAUAAAAACAGUCUCAGGAGGUUCACACAUCUUUAAAAUAUGUAUCAAUAAUCCCCCAAAAUAUGUGGUCGCUACUUUGUGGAUUUCACCUAUUGCGACAAAGGAGCGAUUACUGUCAAUAUCUUUUGUUGUAUUUUGCAUUUUGUUAGAUUAUCUUGUCAUCCUUCUAAAUAAAACGAUUGUGUGUGUGUGUGUUCCAAAA